UUAUUUCAUCAAGUUUGUUUGCAGAGUUUAACUCCAUUAGGAAGGUGAACUAGAGACCAGCAACAACUGAAUAACAGAACUUCCACAGCGCUGCCCGAGCCCUUCAGUUUCAGAACUUUAAGUUGCAUCAAAUUAGGAACUUUCACUCAAAACAGCAACGCGUUUCCUCAUACACACACACACACACACACAGAAAGACAGAGACAGACAGAGAGAAGGGGACCAGACAGACUAACCCUCACCUUGUAGCCGGAAAGGUUGCGUCUUUCCCGGAGAUGAAGAUCCAGUUCGCUCCGCUAAACAUCCCGCUGCGGAGGAGACUCCAGACAGCUGCUGUGCUGCAGUGGGUUUUCUCUUUCCUGGCGCUAGCCCAGUGCUGUCUAGCAGGCUAUGUGUUGCUAUGCGUCUCUGACUGGUGGGUUCUGGCUGCGCUGUAUGCUGGUUGGCUGUAUCUGGACAGGGACACACCCACCAGUGGGGGUCGGAGGUCAGAGUGGCUUCGGAACUGGAGCGUCUGGAAACACUUCAGAGACUACUUCCCUCUCAAUCUCAUAAAGAUGGUGGAUCUGGACCCUGGUUCUAACUACAUCUUUGGGUUCCACCCCCAUGGUGUUCUAGUGGCGGGGGGUUUUGGGAACUUCUGUACGGAGGCGUCAGGGUUCUCCUUGCUGUUCCCCGGGCUGACCCCCUACCUCCUGAUGCUGCCAUUCUGGUUCAGAGUACCCUUCUUUAGGGACUACAUCAUGUGUGGAGGUCUGGUAUCCAGUGAGAAAGCCAGCCUGUCCUACCUGCUCUCAGCUCCUAGAGGAGGUAAUGUGGCGGUGGUGGCUAUAGGGGGCGCUCCAGAGGCUCUAGACGCCCGACCAGGAGCUCUCACCCUUCAGAUUCUACACCGCAAGGGAUUCAUCAAACUGGCACUAAAACAUGGGGCUCAGUUAGUACCUGUGUUCUCCUUUGGGGAGAAUGAGCUCUUCGACCAGAUGACCAACCCCACCGGCUCGCCGCUCCGCUGGCUACAGGACCACCUGCAAAGGCUCAUGGGAGUGGCACUGCCGCUGUUCACCGGGAGAGGAGUGUUCCAGUACAGCUUUGGUCUGCUGCCCUACAGACAGCCCAUACACACUGUUGUGGGUAGGCCUAUUCCAGUGGUCCAGACCCCCUCUCCCACUAAGGAUGAUAUAGACGGUCUCCAUUCUCUCUACCUGGAGGGCCUCACUACGGUGUUUGAAGACAACAAGGACAACUACGGCAUUGCACCAGACAAACACCUCCACUUCAUCUAGACAUCUGUGUGAAGAGUUGUUCACACGUAUAAUCAGAAAGAAAAAGAUUUACAGAUUAAGCCAAAGAUGCUGCAACACCUUCUAGGUCAGAGUUCGAGCUUUUUUUCUACUGUUAUUGACUUGUUUAUCGUUUAUUAUUUACUCCAUGUGUAACUCUGUGUUGUUGUCUGUUCACACUGCUAUACUUUAUCUUGGCCAGGUCACAGUUGUAAAUGAGAACUUGUUCUCAACUAGCCUACCUGGUUAAAUAAAGGUUAAAUAAAAAUUUUAAAAAACGGCUGGAGGUUAGGGUUCUGUAGAGUUUUAUAAAACAUCACAAUACAUUGCAGAGCGUUUGAUUUGCCUGCUGUGGGGCAAGGAGACCCUCCGCUCUGCUAAAACUACUGACAACUGCGUGCCAUUUUCAAGGAAUUGUUAAAUAAAUGUUGUAAUAUCAGCAUCUCUUGAAGAGCUUAGUCAGAACAACAAAUGUCAGAUUAUUGCAUGUAAAACGAUUGCACACAUGUAGCUCUAUCAUCAGAGUUAUACAGCAAGUAACUGCAUGCUUUCAUGAUCAGUAAACAUCAAUGAUCAUGUAGUUUCAGAUACGGGAGGGUAGCCUAUCUAUGUCUCAAUAUUGGCACCCGUUUAUUGGAUAUUUGAGUGAUAUGAAAUACACUGAACAAAAAUAUCAUUGCAACAUGUAAAGUGUUGGUUUCAUGAGCUAAAAUAAAAGAUCCCAGAAUUGUUCCAUACAAACAAAAUAUGA